AUGCAGCUUCGAACAUCUGGCAGCGAAUCCUUCGAGCCACGUCGCUUGUCAGCAGCAAUCCAAAACCCCAUGACACACCCUUUAUUCGCCUUUCCGAGGGAGGGCGAGGAAGAGAACUCGGCGAUGGAAGGUCUUGCGAACGGGGAGUCAUUCUUGCGGAUUGGAGGGGGCCUCGAGGGCCCCCAUGGAAAUCCGAAGGAGGCUUUAUCGAGAGCUAAGCAAAGAGACUUUUCAUGGGGAACACGGAAACAGUCAUAUGCUCGUGUGCGUCUGCUUAGCGGCAGCGGCCGUUUAACAGUUAAUGGAAGGGAUGGUGGCGAAUACUUUCAAGGCAACGAGUUCUGGCUCCUGAACUGCAGGGCCCCCCUCGUAGAAGUCAAUUCGGAGAAUCGAUUCGACAUUGAGGCGCAAGCAAAGGGCGGAGGUCUUGGUGGUCAGUCUGGAGCCAUAAUGCUGGCAGUCGCGCGUGAGCUGUGUAGGCAGCAGCCGCAUUUGCGCCCCGUUCUCAAAAGGGGAUCCUUCUUGACAGUCGAUUCAAGGCGAGUCGAACGAAAAAAGUUCGGCUUACGGAAAGCGAGAAAAAGAAAGCAAUACAGCAAACGUUGA